CAGCCACAAUUCUAUCACUCCAUCCAUCUUAGAGAACAGGAAACAAAAAUGGCACGUAGUGUAAUCUUAUUCCAGCUGAGCCUCCUACUUGCCGGCAUAAUCUCCACCACUGCCCAGAAUUGUGGGUGCUCGUCGGACCUCUGCUGCAGCCAGUAUGGCUACUGCGGAACCGGCAACGCGUACUGCGGUAAGGGCUGCCGAGGGGGGCCAUGUUACUCGUCGCCGGCCACCGGUGGUGGCAGCUCGGUCGCCGAUCUUGUCACCCAGCAGUUCUUCGACAGCAUUAUCAAUCAGGCCCCUAGCUCUUGCCCUGGCAAGAGCUUCUAUAAGAGGCAGGCGUUCCUGGACGCCCUGGGGUCGUAUCCUCAGUUUGGCCAGGAUGGAUCCUCCGUCACUUCUAAGCAGGAGGUUGCUGCCUUCUUUGCCCAUGUGACCCAUGAGACCGGAUAUUUUUGCUACAUAGAUGAGACGGACCAAUCCAAUACCUACUACAUUCGAGAAAGACCAUCAACUCCAGAAAGAGCCGGUGCAUGUAGUGGGAGAUUCGUCUAUGGGUCAUCGAUCCUCUAA